UGUUCAGUCUGAGAACCAAAUCACUGUUCAGCCUGACUGAUAAGACUAGAGCUAGCCUGCUCCUGGCGGGGUAUCCCGUGUUAGUUACAGGCUACAAAUCGCCACGCAAAACAUUGGAAACGAGAUUCCAAAGUUCGGCACCACGCUAAACAGAAUCUGAUGACAUUACGUUUAGUCCAUCAUGUUUGAUGACAAUGGAGAUGACUUUAAUUCGUCAAGGCAAAAUAAUAAACUCGCUUGUAUUGCACCCCUGUGCCAGGAUUCUAAGGAUAUGCAACACAAGACGUCUGAGGUCAAAAAGGAAUUUGCUGAUCGGCAGUGCUUGUUUCAUAUAUGCGUUUUUUCUUGUUGCUCAAGUAGGGCAAGGCGUCCCCCAGGACUUGGUAUCUGAAAGACAGAAGUACAGAAGCAGAGAGAUCCAUGUGCCAAAGCUCGAACCCCCUUUGGAAAGCUCACAGGGUCCGGGGGCUGUGCGCGCUGGCGAACCCUCUCCGGAUAUAUAUUUUUCAUUACAGCCCAAUGUUGUAUAUAUCACACUAAAAUCCAAACGCAGCAAGCCUGCAAACAUCAGGGGGACUGUGAGACCGAAACUCCGGAGGAAACACUCUAUUAAAAAAGCACAAGUUGACCAAAAUGGGUUACAGUUUCUGGGGGAUGCCGGUCACCUCCGUGGGGGCAAAAGGUUGGUAUCAAAUAAUAACAAGGGGUACGGAGAUGAAAAUGCUAAGAAAACGGUGCAAUCAGAUGUACAAGUUAAUUCACAUAUUAAACGUGUAAUUGCACGCCAGAAGACGAGGAUAGAUGGGCUAGACAGUAAUAUAAGGAUAUACAGUGAGAGUGCACCGCCUUGGUUGAGCAAAGAGGAUAUUGAAGCCCUGCGCAUUCUGGCUGAUUGUAAUGUCACCGCGAUUCAAGACCACCCUUCUAAACACCGGGGCUUGAUCCUGUUUGAAAGUACAGGUGCAUUGAGGGCCUUCGGUGAAAGCAUCAACGGGGUGGAAGAAAUAUAUUUUUGUCGAGGACGAUGUGGUCUUAUUAAGAGACACAUGGAUAUGAGUGAAGUAUUUGCUUUCCACCUGGAUAGGAUCCUUGGACUGAACAGAAGUGUUCCAGCUGUAUGCAGGAGAUUUACCCCUUUUCAAGAUGGCCACCCAUGUCCUGUUAUCUUGUGGGAUUCAUCCCUCUCUCCAGCAGACAAUGAGGCACAGUCUACAGUGAGACUUAACUGGGGAUCUUACCAGCACUCACUUAAGCAAAAAUGUUGGCACCGUGGUAUUGUGCCCAAAGCAGAGUGGGGAUGUUCAAAUAUACAUCACUUUGAAUGGAGCAAGUUGGCUCUCUUUGAUUUUUUGCUGCAGGUCUAUAAUCGCCUUGACAGGAAUUGCUGUGGAUUCAAACCUCGAAAGGAGGAUACCUGUGUAGAGAGAGGCUUGUAUCUGAAAUGCGAUGACCAAGACAACAUUGAGCUGGUGCAUAUUAUUCAGAGAAAAUUGGAUCCGAGGCAUUUGGUUUUCAUUGAUAAUAGGGGAUAUUUUGACAGAGGUGAAGACAAUCUGGAUUUUAAAUUGCUAAAAGGCAUCAAGGAGCUUCCUGAAUCUGCAGUCUCUGUGCUGAAGAGUCAACGUCUACGAGAGAGGCUCCUCCAGUCUUUGUUUCUUGAUAAAGUUUACUGGGAAAGUCAGGGAGGCCGCCAAGGAAUCGAGAAGCUUAUUGAUGUGAUCGAGAGGAGGGCAAAGAUUCUCCUUACUUACAUCAAUGCACAUGGGAUCAAAGUGAUACCUAUGAAUGAGUAAAAGCUGCAGUGCCUCGUGACCAGACAGCUGCAUUGGUUAUCUUGCACCUGCCUAAGUUACAUGAAGCUGUAACAGAGCUACAGUACAGGGACACUUUUAUCACAUGUAAUGCCUAUUGCUGUUCUGAGAAUGAGAGGUAGAUGAUCAGGGUACAUCUUUACUUUUGGCAGGAUUGCCUGUGAUUUACAUGUGGAUUACUUCCAGUCCCGAAUGGAAAGGGAUAUCUUGAGAUCCUUUCAAAACAGUAAAGCACUAUGUGAAAAAAAAAAUUAGAGCAAUAGCUAAUAGAGAUCAGUCCUGCUAAUGAUUCCAGUUUGUAUUUGUGUGGGAAUCCACACCCCCCAGUUUUGGUCUGACAUCACAAUUGAGUUUUUCCCGACUGGGUGUCGUACACUGCUAAGACUGAAUUACUGACCACAACUAGAUACUGGUGAUUACUAUGUACUAUGUAUUAACUUAGCCCAACAUAGCAACCCUCAUAUUAUGCAUGGCAUUGUAUGCUGAUUAGAUGGCGGAGACUGCUCCACGAGGCAACCUAAAGAAGAGCUUAGCCUAUUAAUCUAGCUAUUGACCAUUUACACUGUGCAAAUGUUUCAGGCAGUGUUUGACUUCUUGUAUGGUACAUUUUAGCCUGUGGUAAAUAAAAUCCAACCUGUUGAUUUUUA